AAAUAAUUAGAUUUUAAAUCCAUGAAAAUGCUUUCGUUCAGCUGAAUCGCUUAUACGAAGCUACAACGUCAUGUUACUCGAACCUGGAACGAUAGCUCGAGCGAAAUCCGAGUCGAACUUCGAAGAUUCGUUGCCAGCGCGCGGCGUAGCAAAGGACCGUGUCAUAAUUAAUGUAGGCGGUUACCGCCACGAAACGUAUUUAAGCACUCUUAGAGUUGUUCCAGACUCAAGGCUCGCUUGGAUAGCUGAAAAUGCCUCAAAACAAGCCGAUUACGAUCCAGAAAAUAACGAAUAUUUUUUCGACCGUCACCCUGGGGUCUUUGCGAAUAUUAUCAACUACUACAGAACCGGGAAACUACACUGUCCGAGCGAAGUUUGCGGGCCGUUAUUUGAGGAAGAGCUCGCAUUUUGGGGAAUCGACGAGCUUCAAAUGGAGCCUUGUUGCUGGAGUAAUUACACGCAACAUAGAGAAGCCCAAGCAACACUUAAAGCAUUUGAAGGACUGCAGAAAAGCAUGGAGGAAUCUGAAAACGAAAGCAGUGCGUUUCGGGUUCGACCUAAAGUUUCAAGGAGAAGUAAAUUGAAAAAAGAGAUUUGGGCGAUGCUGGAAAAGCCGUACUCAUCUAAGUACGCUCAGGUAACCCUAAUUAAAUACGCCAGUGCCGAAUACAAAUAGAAAAAUAAAUAUAUCGAUAAGGUUUUUUAAAAGCAAUUUUGCCCAGCAAGAAUCUUGUAAAAGAUAUCAGGCGCUUUCUUUUUUUGUUGUUUUGUUUUUUUCUCUUUAAACUUCUUAAGGGGAUUCAAAGACGCAUUUAAUUUGCAUGCAAUCGAUCGAACUACCAAUGCUUUUUUAAAUGGUUUACGGAAACGAUAUCAGCAGUUUCCAGUUGAGUUUUACAACCGUUUGGGUUUGAGGGUGCAUAUUCUGGGUAAAUUGCUCCAACAAGUUAAGCCAGCGACUGUGGGGAUAUUAUUAUCGCUCAAAGCAUUCGCUGACAAAUGUUGUAAUUUUUUUUCUCCGUAUGCAAAUCAGGAAAAGAUAGUUGGCAUUUUGACUAUUCGAGUGGGUAUGUUAUUUUCAACAUGAACUUAAAAGCGCUGUUGAAAUAACAGCAAACGUUUGUUUGGUUGGUAUUAUUGCUUUGUCGGAGGCCCCAUCAAUCAGCAGAGACAUGCGGCAUACAUGUCUUCGUUUUGUUGAAACCAGAAUCUAUCGCGAAAUAUGAUUACAUGUAUUUCAAAUUAAUUAACAUGGUUGUCUCUAGUGUAGAUUUAUUAUAUAUCUCUAGCAUCGCCUUUCGACAGUUUACUUUCAUAAGGCAAAUAGUUUAAAACAUAAUUUUGUUGCUGUUAAAAAGGCUGACAAGAGAUAAAACCGCUACGGUCCCUAGCCUGGCAACGGAGUACUGUGUUAACAAUUUUGGUAUAUUUCGGGGACCUUAUCACAUAUAAGAAAAAAGAAAAUAUUUUAUAUUUAAUAUUCAGCAUCUCUGAUUCAAAUUUCCUUUUUUUUCGCUAAAAGUACAACGCGUAAAAAAAGUCGAAACAGAAUCACAUUUCUAAUCAUAACAUCCCUUGAUUUCAAACUGACUGGCACUCAAAUUCGAAAACCGUCUCUGAAAACUUCGACAAGUUCUAAAUCUUUCGAUCUAGCAGUAUUUUCAUGAAAACAUUCUUGGACUUAGAAUUGUAGACUAGUAAUUUUAGACUGCUCUUCUAUUAUUGUUUGGGUUUUUAUAAACAGUCAUGGUUACAUUGCUGCCUAUCUUACUCACGUUUCUGAGCCAUAUAUUUGCAUAUUAUUCAUACACACAGUAAGUCUGACCAUUGACUUGCAAAUGUCUCAUUAUUAGUCUGGUACAAAUUUUUUUAUUUAAAAAGAAAGAAAGAAAAAUUGAGCCACAGAAUCGUGAAAACGUCCUGUGCUAUGGCUUUCAGUUAUUAGAUAUCACUCCGUUUUAUCAUUGUCUGUGUAAGGUCUCUGCAAAAAUACGACAUUUAUUUCGAUUUGUUUGAUUCUUUAAGUAAAUUGUUUGAUUUCAAACAACUAUUCAUAUGCAGCGUAAAUAUUACACUGCCAUUCACAGACAUGAGUUUUGUAUUCGUUUCCAUCGUCUUUUGCUUAAAUUAAAACUUAACAGAUCCAGGUAAUUGUACAGUACUAGUUUUAUCUCGCAAAUAUUGUAUAGUCAAUAAUUUGUGAAAAAUUUUCUGCGCAUUUUGAAACUAUUACUUCCUUGCAAAAUAGGGCUACUGUUUUCAAAUGUGCCAAAAAUGUCCAUUCAGUCACGUAAAAAAACUGUAGUUUUCACUAGCUGCUCAUACUAUCGAUCAAUACUACGAGAAGAAAUUAAGAUGGAUCCGGAGAUACACUUCUUUAUUGCACAAAAUCGACUAGACUCGGUCAGGGCAAAAUAUUUGUUUCAAAAAGUGCUCACCAUCUCAAUUUCAAACCCAUUUUUAUAAGAUUUUAUAGAUUUUAGCAAACUCUCAGUACAAACAAUGAUCGGGUGUAGUCUUCUUCGAUUUUCAUGCAAUAACGUCCUAGGUGAACUAAGAAAUACUCGUUCCUUGAUGCAUAUAUAUCACUUACUUCACCUAUUUCCCUUUUCUCGUCAAGUGUAAACUUUUAAUCAACGUGUAAUAAUCUAAAUAAUAUCUUUGGUGAAUGAUAGAAAACGAAGUUGUUUUUGAGAUCGUUAGUAGACAGUUAUGACUCGAUCGCGAGAAUACAAAGUUUGGGCUAAGUCUAUUUUCCAUUAUGAGUAAGCACUGACGUGUUUCCCAUUCGGGUGUUUCCAACGCGUGAAUAUAAUAUGACAUCACGCGCGCUCUCUUUAAUCUAAAUUCUCUCCUUUUAUCGCCGCUUUUAAGUUCAAGUAAAGUUUGGCAACUUUUCAGUAGAAACAAAUCGCAGGCCUAGUUAAAAGCAUCCAUUGAUUGAAAUCAUAACUUCACCCUUUUCAGAGCGCACUGGUUAAAAUAUUUUGUAAGUGUGCCAGUGUGCGUUUCUUUAAGCAACAUUUCUGUAAAAAAACUGAAGGGCAAUUCCGGAUUGCUCUAAGCCUCUGUUUCAUAAUGAGGUAAUUAAGCCAGUUUUGCAAAGUUUUUUUUAGUGAAAAUGUUGUUUUCAAGCGCAAAUAUCAGGUGCAACUUUUGUUUUCACACGGACGAUCUCAGUGCAAAUGAAUCAAAACUCACUACAGUGAGCGUAGUCACAAGUUAGCAGAGAGGAAAAAUGAGGUUCCUUCAGUAAGCAUUUUUUUUGCUACAUUGUAACGUAGUCUGUUUUAGUGAAGAGAGUGGUAGAUAAGACCCUUUCCGGUACCAGCAGAACUUUCAGCGAAGUUUACCUGUUACAAAAUUCUUGCUUUCCCAACCCUUUAAGCCCCAGUGUACACAAACCAAUUCUCCAGACUAAUCUCCAAACAUUUCUUUCAAGAAUUUCCUGUUUGGUAAUCGUAUUAUUAUUAAUUCCAUAACCUUUCCUCUUGAUUAUGUAUUAAUAUAGUUACAAGAAACAAGAAAAUUAAUGUUGGUCACUCCUUGGACUAAAAAAAAUGUAUUUGAAAGAGGUUCUUCUUUUAGCAAUGUCUUUCAUUUCUAUAAUAGUUACUGAACGUAAAACCGUCUCAGCUGAAAAAAAUAGCGAAACUUUCGCGCGAGCUUGUCUCUAGCGACGGAUUUGUUUUGAACCUAUUUCGUAUACACCUCGAAAGAAUUAUGAGACAUAAACAAAUGUUUUAUUGAUAUAAGCCACGAAAGUCAUUAACCACAGCUGAGCUAACCAUUCAAAUCUGUAGGUGCUAUUGACGAGGCGCAAGACUUUAUCGGCGUGCUUCCUUCGUGCAUUAUUAAUGAGAGCCAGCUGAGAAGCGAUAGGUUGACGAGAAAAUCUAGCCCUAAUGACUUUAUUGAGCACGAAUUUAGAAAGAGAGCUUCGUAGUAUUACAUUGUAAUCUAGCUAACGUCGACUUCUUAUAGUAACCUAUUUGCAAUAAUGAAGUACAUUAUUUGUUCAACACAAAGUGAAAUAAAUUCCUGUAUAUUACAUUUGUGUAAAGCCCACAGACUGACGCACGCUUCUGUUUUUCUGGAAUGUUAAUCCGAGGAUACGUCCUCGGUCAGAAUUGUGCCAGCGUGUCAUUGUUGACAAAUUUUGGAUUUAAAAGUCAGUGUCAUGGAAUAUGAUGCAGAAAAAAUACAACAACGAACUGUUUUGAAAAUGAAGUGUAAAUAUUAAGGUGAAUUUUUUGAAAUGUCUUUCAUUGAGUUUGAUAAAAAUACCUCAUUCUUGUUUGAAAAUCAAAGUUACCCCAUUUACAACAUGUGUUAAGUAAUACAAUCCUGCUCAUAUUUACGAUUUUCUGGAAUUAUGAUUAUCUUAAUAGUAAGUCACAGUGAUGAUAUCAUUAAUGAUGGUAAUAACGAUGAAAAUGAUGAUAAUGACGACGAAGAUGAUGUCAAUGUUUCAUCAGCAUUAAGUUUUCCGUCUAAAGACUCUUUCCAUUCUAACUCUCCGAGUUUGUUAGGAUGGUUCUUUAGGCAGCUAGCAUAACGUUGAUAGCGAAGCUCCACGCGAGCGGAGCCCCAUAGCUAAGAAAAUUUGGUUACCCUUUUGUUAGUCACGUGACCGUACGUCAACCCAUCCGCACCACAGGGAAACCGAUGUGAAAUGUUAUACUUUCUAGCUUGUGUGGGAGUAUGUAAUUUGAUAUUGCACUUCCAUGUUGUGGUCAAUCGACAGCUGUCAAAACAGGGUAUCCACUGACCAGUAUCACAUGACCGUAUCGCGGGCUCAGGUGUCAACCCAUCGAGGUUACUUAUUCUUUAAGUUUACCGCUGACAAGUUUCUGAUCGCAGGCUCAACUCUAAUUGGAUUUCUUUAUUGCAAAGUUUUUUUCUUAAAGGGAGCUUUGCCUUUUUCCUCCGCUAAAUCUUUAUAUUAAAUUAUAUAUUUUUUUGCCUUUUAGAUAUUUGCUUUCAUAUCCUUGAUAGUUAUCGUCCUUUCAGUGGCCACAUUUUGCCUGGAAUCUAUUCCAUUCCUUGGAAAAGAAUAUAGAAAAUUAUUUAAAGUCAUGGAAUACUUCUACCUUGUCUGGUUUACAGCAGAUUUCGUGGCGAGGCUUUGCUCUUGCCCUUCUGUGCCGGAAUUUUUUAAAACAUUCAUGACCUGGGUUGAUAUAACGUCUGUUAUUCCUCUUUACAUCAAUUUGGCUGCCAGUGCCGACUUAACCUUUCUCUUCGUUCUGCGGUUAAUCAGGAUUUUCCGGUUAUUCCGGUUUUUCCGGACCAUGAGUGGGAUGCAAGUAAUUGGACACACCUUAAGAGCAAGUGCUCGAGAACUCUUUUUACUUGUUCUGAUACUCUUGAUUCCCAUGGUUAUUUUUUCGACGCUUGUCUUUUAUGCCGAAAAGGUAAGAAGUGAAGAGCCACCUAGUGGAAAUGCAGAAUAAAGCCAUUAUUAUUAUUAUAUUAUUAUUAGAUAGUGUUUUGAUGAAUUGAUUAGAUUUUUUGUUACAGCAGGUUGAUUGUAAAUAGGAUUUUAAUUGAUAUUUUGUGAUAAAGAUUUUAUUAUUAUUAUUAUUAUUAUUAUUAUUAUUAUUAAGUACUUUAAAUAAUUAAGAGUUGGACACUAUCGGUAGCAGUAAGCCUUGGGGGGUGUACACAAUAGACGAAGCAAUCACGUGUCAAACCUAACUUGAUGUAACAAAAAUAGUUAUUUACCAAAUCGAUAAAGUCAUUUUACCUUAAGUAAAAAGAUUGAGGAUUUGACCUCUCGAGUUCUGGCGUUUCUCUCUGUCGAUCGAAGUCCCAGAUAGAAUCCAUCCCACACACUCACGCCCACUGGCACAGCACAAUAAGGAGUUUAUGGGAAAUCAAUAGAUUCGGCGCUUAAAAAGAUAGCCUUAUGAAUCAACCGCCGUUCCAGUGUCAGAAAGGGACAGCUUAUUUCAGAAUUUAAGGUCGGUGCCCUAUGAAGCUAAAACUGCCGAGCCAAACAUACUCAAAUGCCGCUGUUCUACCGUACCUGUUUCAUCAGUUAGGUUCGGCACGUGAGAAGCGCGGCGCUUAAACCGGACCUCAGUUUCAAGAAGGUCACACAAAGCCACAGGUUGAUCUGUAACGUAAUUAUUUCCGCCUUAAAGGGUGGCCUACUAAUACCUUAAAGAAAGUCCUUGUUGACAGUUUUCAUAUAGAAAUGCUUGGCUAUUGUGGUGAGCCUAUCUGGUAUUUCUUGAAUUUUAGUAGAGUACCUAAAUAAUUGACGUCUCCAGCACAAUAAUUAAAAGAUGAAAAAAAAAUCGUGCACUUUCCUAGAAGAUAAAAGUACGGGCUAUAUUAUAGAGCAAUAGUAAACGGGCUAUUGCAUUUAAAAACGGUGCCCCCGGUUGAGGACUAGUGGAAUUCUUCAGCGGUAAGUUUUAAAAUUUAGGAUUUCUUUAGGGAUAGAGUUAAAAAAAUAUGGAAUUCUUGGGGGGUGAAAUUCUUCGCGGGUAGACCCACAUUCUUUAGGGGUGAAUGCAAUAUUAAUUAAUCUUCAAGGGUAAGGAGAAAAGGUAAGACUUCAACCAGGGGGUACAGAUAUUAAAUGCAAUAGCCCAUUACAUUAAUCUCUGCAAAUAUUUUAAACGUUCUCUAUUUGAUUUCUCUCAGUCGUUUCAGGAGGCAACGUCAGAUUUUGAGAGCAUCCCAGGAACGUUCUGGUGGGCCGUCAUCACCAUGACGACAGUAGGAUAUGGGGAUGUUUAUCCCAGGUCUUUUCUCGGAAAGAUUAUAGGCACAGUCUGCGCAUGUGUAGGUGUGCUAAUCGUUGCACUUCCCGUGUCGGUGAUUGGAAGCAACUUCACUUUGUUUUAUUCUCACGCGCAGGCGCAACUGAAACUUCCUAAAAAGAAGCGCACGCCGCUUCUGCUGGGCGCUGCUGGUGCUCUGGUGUCAGAAUCCACCUUGUUUAAUAACGAUGAUAAGUCGAACAGCUCCGAAGAAGUGGGAAGCAGCCCGAGUCCCCGCAGAGGUUCUCUUGCUUUACCUCGGAAGAGCCUUCGGAAUCCUUCGAUAACUCCUCGCAGUCGCAUGGUAUACAGGGAAGCCACCUUGCCCUCCACUUUACCUAAACUGGAAUCUGACACUUCUCUCGAAGUAGAAGCCACCUCGACUGCUAAGAAGAGCAACGAAGAACUGUUUUCAUCACCUCCUACAGGAAGCGCAGUAGAUAUAUCCAGCGGUCUUCGUGGGGCGAGUGACGUCAUGCUUCAUAUAACUGCUCCUUCUCAUCGUCGGAUGGCAAUUUCUCCUGCACCUACUCCUCCCUCAAGACGAGCAAGUCAGCGGAGGAGACGAAGAGGGGGAAGCAAACGGCUGGCAAAAAGCUUAAAUGAUGAUCUUUCGUCGCACGAGAAUGAGAGGGACAGUUACUAUACGACUACUGACGGGGAAUUGAGCCAAGGAGAAACUGGUACCCAUGGGAAUUCCCCCGGUGAAACAUCACCACCAGAGAAAGAGAAUGGAACGCGCAGAUCGUCUGACGAGUCAAACACAUCAGGACAUAAAAAUGGUACAGAACUAAGAUUUGUUUGUUCAGAUGAGAAAAGAGAAAUAGGAGCUUCAAGUUCUGGGGAUAAAACAAGAGACGCGGGCGCGUGCCCACUCGACAAAACAGAGGAGAAAAUACCGUCACGUGGUGGCUCGAACUCAAAUGUGAGCUUAAAAGGAGUGACAUUUGAUGCUGUGAAACACAACGAACACACAAAUCAAAAGGAUCUGAACGAGGCUCCAAUUCAAUGCGCACCAAUGUGGAAAUCAUUUGAAAACUUGAGCGAUGAUGGUAAUAAACUAGGUGUCGAACCUCGACUGAGGUCAAGAAGCGAACUUGCUGCUACUGAAACUCCACCAUGCAAGAGGAGAAAUGCGAUUGGUGGGAACCGCAAUAUUACAGCAAUGACAAUUUCGCCACUUGUGCGGUCAGAUGAAAGACUCUACAGAGCCAUAUCGAAUGGACCGUUUAGAGAUCUUAAAUCAAGAAACAUAAAGGGUACCUCAAGUGCGAGGAAUUCGCAUCAUGAUGCUGCAGACAAAAACUCGCAAGAGUUGAAGAAUAUCCACCCCAGAUUAAUAUCAGCGUCUCCAAAGGGCAACAGCUCGUUGGAGACUGAAGAAAAAGAGCUGAUAUGCGAAGUGGUUAGAGCACCCAAGAAAGAUGUCAUACAAAAUAUGACUCGGGUUUAA